AUUUUGCGAGUUACUUUGGCGCAUGCGCAGCUGCUUUGACCUACACAGUCGCAGGAGAAAAUGGCAGCGCUUGGUCUGGGGCUGCAGGUGCGUCAGUUGAGCACGUCGGUUGCCCGACCGGCAGCAAAGCUGAUUAAGCCCCCCAUUCAGGUGUAUGGAGUGGAGGGCCGUUAUGCCACCGCUCUGUAUUCUGCAGCCAGCAAGCAGAAGAAUCUGGAAAAGGUGGAGCAAGAGCUGGGUCGUGUGUCUAGUCUGAUUAAGGAUCCUAAGCUGUCCAGUAUUGUGUUGAAUCCACACGUCAAACGCAGCAUUAAACAGAAGACUGUCAAUGAUGCUUUGAACAAGGCCAAGCUCUCUCCAAUCACAAUCAACUUCAUCAACGUGCUGGCUGAUAAUGGCCGUCUGUCCCUAACCUCAGAUGUCAUUACUGCUUUUGGCAAAAUGAUGAGCGCUCACAGAGGAGAGGUUACCUGCUCAGUCACCACUGCUCAGCCCCUGGAUGAGGCUAACCUUGCUGAGUUGAAGGUAGCGCUCAAUGGGUUCUUGGCAAAGGGAGAGACUAUCAAGCUUGAGACCAAGUGUGAUCCUUCCAUCCUCGGAGGUAUGGUCGUCAGUAUCGGUGAUAAAUAUGUGGACAUGUCCACCAAGUCAAAGAUCCAGAAGCUCACCAAGCUGAUCAGGGAGACUUAAGUCCUGUGGACUGACCAGAACCAGUCAGAUGUAGAUUGAGGGGGUGGAGCUCCUGCCCCACUUUACAUAUGAUUGAACUAUUGUGUCCUCUUGUAUUGGUAAUAAAUAAUCUGUAACAUUUA